AUGAUAGCUACCGGUACAAAUAUAAUGCAUCCUAGUUUUUCUACUGCAUCAUUAUAUGUUGGUGAUUUAAAUGAAGAUGUAACAGAAGCCGUUUUGUAUGAAAUUUUUAACACAGUUGGUCAUGUUUCUUCUAUAAGAGUAUGUAGAGAUAGUGUAACGAGAAAAUCAUUAGGAUAUGCAUAUGUUAAUUAUCACAACUUAGCAGAUGCAGAAAGAGCUUUAGAUACUUUAAAUUAUACAAACAUAAAAGGACAACCAGCUAGAAUUAUGUGGAGUCAUAGAGAUCCUUCAUUAAGAAAAAGUGGUGCUGGUAAUAUUUUUGUUAAGAAUUUAGAUAAAUCUAUUGAUAAUAAAGCUUUAUUUGAUACAUUUAGUAUGUUUGGAAAUAUUUUAUCAUGUAAAGUUGCAACUGAUGAAUUCGGAAAAAGUAAAAGUUACGGUUUUGUUCAUUAUGAAGAUGAAGAAAGUGCAAAAGAAGCUAUAGAAAAAGUGAAUGGUGUUCAAUUGGGAUCUAAAACUGUUUAUGUUGGUCCCUUUAUUAAGAAGUCAGAACGAGUAACAAAUGAUACAAAAUUUACCAAUUUAUAUGUAAAAAAUUUUCCAGAUAGUGUAACAGAAACUCAUUUAAGACAACUUUUUAGUCCUUAUGGUGAAAUUACUUCAAUGAUUGUAAAAACAGAUAAUAAAAAUAGGAAAUUUUGUUUUGUUAAUUAUGCAGACUCAGAAAGUGCAAAGAAUGCAAUGGAGAAUUUAAAUGGAAAAAAGAUUACUGAUGAUGGUCAAAUAGAUAAGAAUUAUGAUGCAAAUAGAGAAGAAGGAGAAAAUAAAAAUAGUACCAAUAAUAAUGCUAAUACUUCUACUAAUACGAAUAAUAAUAAUGGUUCCCCUCAAAAUACGAAUACAACAAAUACAACCAUUGGUAGUAGUAAUAAUUCUAUUAAUUUAAAUGAUAGCACUGCUAAUAAUAAUAAUAAUAAUAAAAAAGAAAAUCAAACAGAAGGUGCAGAUCAUCCAAAUGUUUUGUAUGUUGGACCCCAUCAAUCAAGAGCAAGAAGACAUGCUAUUUUAAAAGCUAAAUUUGAUAAUUUAAAUGUAGAAAAUAAAAACAAACAUCAAGGUGUAAAUUUAUACAUAAAAAAUUUAGAUGAUGCUAUUGAUGAUCAAAUGUUGAGAGAAUUAUUCGAACCAUAUGGUACGAUAACAUCAGCAAAAGUAAUGAGAGAUGAUAAAGAGCAAAGUAAGGGAUUUGGAUUUGUAUGUUUUGCAUCACAAGAAGAAGCAAAUAAAGCAGUAACAGAAAUGCAUUUAAAAAUAAUUAAUGGAAAACCAUUAUAUGUAGGUUUAGCUGAAAAAAGAGAACAACGAUUAUCUAGAUUACAACAAAGAUUUCGCAUGCAUCCAAUUAGACAUCAUAUAAAUAGCCCAAUUAACUCUCCUAUCCAAUACGCAAAUCCACAAUCUCCUCAAUUACAAUUUAGUCAAAAUACUUUAAGUUAUGGAAGACCUGUUAUAACUGCUUUUAAUCAAAAUAAUCUAAUUUCUUGGAGACACCAGCAAGCAGCACAACAACAGGCUGUUCAUCAACAAGCCGUUCAUCAGCAAGCUGCACAACAACAACUUAAUUUUAACAACAAUAUAAGAGGACAAAUUAAUCAAAUGAGAUUGUAUACUCAAAAUAAUAUUAUGAAUAAUAAUAUAAAUCAAAAUAAAAACAAUUCUCAAUUGCAUCACAAUCAACCAUAUAAUAAUAAUAUUUCUCAGAAUGGUCAACAACAACAAAAUAUAAAUGUAUCUAAUCAACAUAACACUCAGCAAUUACAAGGAAAUAAUCAAUUAUUAAACAAUAAUAUUAGAAAUAUGAAUAAUAGAACAAAUAGAAAUAUGACUAAUAUGAACAUAUCUAAUCAAAAACAAAUUCCUUUAAAUAUGAAUAACAAGCAAAAUACAUCACAAACUAAUCAAAUAAAUCAUCAAUCGCAACAACAAACAUCACAACAAAAAUCAUCACAACAAAUGCAACAAGUCCCUCAAAAUAAUAAUUUUAAAUUUACCUCACAAGCAAGGAAUCGUAUGGAAAUACCAAAUAAAAAUGCAAACAAAGUUAAUUCUGUUAAUAAUAUGAAUGUGAAUUUUAAUAAUAAUUCUACAUUAACAGCUGCAGCAUUAGCAUCUGCACCUCCUUCCAUGCAAAAACAAGUUUUAGGAGAAAAUUUAUUUCCAUUAGUUGCAAAUUAUCAUCCAACAUUAGCUGGAAAAAUUACAGGAAUGAUGCUGGAAAUGGAUAACUCAGAACUACUUAUAUUAUUAGAAAAUGAAGAGCAAUUGAAGAAGAAAAUCGACGAAGCUUUAGUUGUUUUACAAAAAGCAAAAUAA